UUGCAAGCCUAAACUAGUACUAUAGUAGUAUAGAGGCAUCAUAGCAUUCACAUUAACCUCUCUUUGCAUUUCAUCCAUAGUAAAUGAAUCCCAAGGCACUCUACUCACAAACAAAAAUCCAACCAUGAACCCAAACAAAACCAUUGAUUCUUUUCCUUAACCUGUCCCCCCUCUCUCAAUCUCACAAAAAACUUCCAACCUUCAAAACCAUGAUUUAGUUAUCUCUCUCCAUUCUCAAAAAACCAAAAAAAUGGGUUUUCCCAAAUUGUCCCUUUUCCUUCUUCUCUUCUUCUUCUUCUCCUUCCUCCUCCUCACACCCCAUUUCUCUGAAUCAUCAUCCUCUUCAGAUUACACAACCUUAGUCUACAAGGGUUGCUCAAACAGCACUUUCACAGAUCCAAAUGGUGCAUACUCACAAUCCCUCUCAGCACUCUUUGGCUCCCUCGUUUCACAGUCCACAAAAACAAAGUUCUACAAAACCACAACCGGUAAUGGCCAAAACAGCAUCACAGGUAUCUUCCAAUGCAGAGGAGAUCUCACAAACUCCGAUUGCUACAACUGUGUUAGCAAACUCCCGGUUCUCUCGGACAAACUCUGUGGCAAAACCAUAGCUGCUAGAGUCCAGCUUCUAGGCUGUUACAUGCUGUACGAGGUUUCUGGUUUUCCUCAAAUCUCAGGGAUGGAUAUUCUUUACAAAACAUGCGGAACAACGAAUGCUGCUGGAAGAGGGUUUGAAGAGAGGAGGGACACUGCUCUUUCUGUGAUGGAAAAUGGGGUUAUUAGUGGUCAUGGUUUUUAUGCUACUAGCUAUCAAUCUAUGUAUGUUAUGGGACAGUGUGAAGGUGAUGUUGGUGAUUCUGAUUGUGGUGAGUGUGUUAAAUCUGCUGUUCAGAGAGCUCAAGUUGAAUGUGGAAGUUCUAUUUCUGGACAAGUUUAUUUGCAUAAGUGUUUCAUUAGUUUUAGCUAUUAUCCUAAUGGGGUUCCAAGGCACUCUUCAUAUGGUGGUUCAUCCCCUUCUGGUUCUUCAUCUUUUACUGGACAAAAUACAGGGAAGACAGUGGCUAUAAUAUUAGGAGGUAUAGCUGGGGUGGCGUUUUUGGUUAUAUGCUUGCUAUUUGCUAGGAAUUUGGUCAAGAAACGUGAUGAUUAUUGACAGUAGAAGAAGAUGGUUUACUUUGGAGGCAGAAUUGUUGUUGAGGUGAUUGAUGAUAUAUAUCUUUUGGAUGAAAGAGAUUUGUGGUAAAUAGACUUGAGAGAUAGAGAAAGCAUCUAGGACUGUUGAAUGUGGGGACAAGACUAAUUCUUGUAGUUAGGUAAGAAGAUUUUGUUGUGAAAAAAAGGGUGUAAUUAGCUCAUGAAAGUGAGAUUUUUUUUGGUAUUAUUACAAGGGAAAAAGGAUAUACCCAGAAGAAUGAAUGUUUUGGAUGAAAAUUUUGUGUCUUACCCUUUAGCCAUGUGAAUGAUUCUCUUUUUCUUCGUCUCCUUA